UGACUUUUACAGGAGAAAAACGAAAACGAAAAAAUUAUAUGAAAUAUGACAAUUUUAGUUUAAGUGUUUGGUGAUUUAAUAUUAAUUCUAUAAUAAUUAUGUUUAAAUAAAUGUGCAAGCUCUAAAGAAAAAAUAAUUGUUUGAAAUAUAAAAAAAAAAAUAUAAUAAAAAUUUCAAGUGAGUGAAGCUGUUUAAUUUUCUGAAUUUUAUAAAAAUGGGAAAGAAAAAUAGCAAACUCAAGCAAGAUACUAUCGAUCGACUAACUACCGACACAUAUUUUACUGAAAAGGAAAUCCGACAGUGGCAUAAAGGGUUUUUGAAAGACUGUCCAGACGGUCUUUUAACAGAACAGGGUUUUAUCAAGAUUUACAAACAGUUUUUUCCACAAGGUGAUCCAUCAAAAUUCGCAUCACUUGUCUUCAGGGUUUUUGAUGAAAACAACGAUGGUACUAUUGAAUUCGAGGAGUUUAUCAGAGCAUUAUCGGUGACGUCGAGAGGAAAUCUCGACGAAAAAUUACACUGGGCGUUUCGUCUGUAUGACGUUGAUAACGAUGGUUUUAUCACAAGAGAUGAAAUGUACAAUAUCGUCGAUGCAAUAUAUCAAAUGGUGGGUCAACAACCCCACGCUGAGGAUGAAAAUACACCCCAAAAAAGAGUUGAUAAAAUAUUUGAUCAAAUGGAUAAAAAUCAUGAUGAUAAACUUACCCUUGAGGAAUUUCGGGAGGGUAGCAAGGCCGAUCCGAGAAUCGUCCAAGCAUUAUCCUUGGGAGGUGCUUAACCCUCGUUUACUAAGCAAUAAAAUAUACUUAAACACGACAGCUUAAAAAACAAAAUAAACAACCCCUCAAUUAUCUGAUAAUUUAUUCAGAUAAUUUCAAGGAUUUUUAACGUAAAUUUUGACACAAUAAAUUCACGUUUUUGCUAGUACUAUUUAAUUAAAAAAGUGUUUAAUAUAAUUAUUUUUAUUUGCAAUGUACACGAGUCUCGGAAUUUGGUGGUGGCACCUAAAAAACCCGAAAUUCCUGUUGGUUAAAAUCACCGAAUGAUAAAUAAAAAUACAAAUAUAAAUCAACUGAAAGUUUGCCAAUAAUUUAUGGUGAGAAAAAAAAUAAAUAAAAAGAAGAUUUCAUUUACAAGUUAUUUUAUAUGUCAAGUACCAACUCUAUUUAUAUUUUGUGGCUGACCAUGGCACGUUUUUUCCCAAGAGCUCAAAAAGUCUCUCUCGAAUGACAAAAAAAAAAUUUUAAAAACAAACAGCGUGCGAAAUCGAUAUAGAUGAAAAAUAUUCUAAAGUUGAAAAAAAAAAAAAAUGAUAUUUGUACGCUAUUUAUACAACAAUGUUUCAACGUAAAAAUCAACAACAAAAAAUUUAAAAAAAAAUAUAUAAAACUUUAUCACUGCAAUCCAAACUGAAAAUAAUUAUUAAAAAAAAAUUAUUAAAAAAAAAGUUUUUGCGAUGAGCAGCAAGUUUAUCGAUAAUAAAAAAAAAUAAUUUAUAAAAAUAUCCACUCAACAAACAAGUAAAUAACAAAAAGAAAUAGAAAAAUAAAUAAAUAAAAUUUUCAUUUGAUUUGCACCGAUAAAUAUAAAAUAAUUUGUAAUUAAAUUUGUUGAUAUUUGCUAUUUCUCAUUGUGUCUUUAAUAUUUAAUUAAAAAAAUAGUUUAAAAAAUAAAUAAUAAAAUUUUAAACGUGUAAAAUUCAAUGCUCGAAUUUCAGCGCACAAAAUGCCAAUUUAAUUAAUAUUUAAAAUAAUGUUAUAAUUAUUAUAAGAAUAACAUUCGAAUUUUUUUUUUUUUUUUUAUACUUAAUAAUUGAAAAAAAAAUACAUGUAUUCCUUCGUAUAAAUAAUAAUAAUAAUAAAAAUGAGCAGAAAAAAAAACAAUGAUUGAUAGCUCUGGAAAAAAACCUUGUAAAAAAAAAAAACAAAAAAAUAUUUCAAUAUGAACAUCAAUGUCGAAGAGAAAAUAAGUUUUUCACUCGAUCGAUUUACUGAUUGAAAUCGUGAGAUUGAAAUAUCUUUUCUCUUAUUCCUCACUAUCGCAAAAUUGUUAUUAUUAUUUUGUAUUUUUUUUUUUAUCUUAAAGUUUUGUCGAUUAAUAGAGAAAAUUUUCAGUAAAAUUGUCUAUCGAUGCACAAAAUAUUUUUUUAUGAAUACUUUUAAUUUUUAUUUUUUAAAAAAUAAUAUCUGAAUGGUUUUUAAACUUUCACAGAAGCAAAUCCUAGUUAAAAUUUUCGAUAUUGGAAAAGUUAGUUAAUUUUCAAAGAAUUCACGUUUCAAGUAUCUCCUAAGCCCCCGAAAAUCCCAAGUACAAUUUCUUUAUAUUCUUUUAGAAAUAAACGAAAUUAAAUAAAUAAAUAAAAUUAUAUGAAGUUGAGAGAUGACUGAGUAUGUACGUACGUAGCUUCAUUUGCAAUUUUAAAAAAAAAUUUACAAGGUACUAGAAAAACUCAUAAAAAGUUUUUAUGGUAUACCUAAGAAGAAUCUUUAACUAACGCAUCACGAUACUAAAAAUAUUGUCUGAUCGUGACGGCUCUAACUACUUGUUAUGUAUUAAUAAAUCAUACUUUUCUUCACAACUAUUUUUAUUAUUAUUAUUUGUUUAAUAUUUGAGAAAUAAUACGUGUGGUUUUUGAAAUAAAUUAACAAGCUUAAAAUUCACUGCACAUUGUUUGUAAAAUAUUUAAAUUUAUUUAUGUUUAAUUAUAAUUUAUUUGCAUGUUUUUAAUGAUAUUUUUUAUUAUGAAUUUUUAAUCUUUUUGUUGGGAAAAUUAUUGUAAUUUUUAACUCUAGCCUUCACCGUCCAUUUUUGAAAUAUAAAUUGAGCAAUAAUAAUUAUUUGGAAGAAAAAUUUAAUAUUAAAAAUAAAUAAUAUAUUGUUGUUGAAUUUUUUUCGUAUGAAAAAAAGGGGAGAAUAUUAUGUAGUUUGAAAAUAUUUAAUGUUUGAGCCAGACAGAGAUUAAUUGACAACAGGUAUAUAUAAACAGUAACACAUUAUUAUUUUUUACUUUUCUUUUUUUCUUUUUUUAAUUUACUCUUCUUAUCUUUGUACGAUAUUAUUUACAAAUUGAUUAUUAUAUUUUAUGUACCAAUGGAAAGAUAAAUUACCUUGUUUAAUUUUUAAAUUAAUUUUAAAUGUUAUAAAAAAAUAAAAUUGACAAUGUAUCGAAAUGCGAAAAUGGUUAAGCCAAUACAAUAAGAAAUUUUGAAGAAUGGAAAUUAAAAAAAAAUUUGUUAAAAUGAUUUGAAAAAUUAUUUUAAUGUAGGAUUCUGGCUAAGCUCAUUACUAAGUAAAUUUAAAAAAUUUUUAAAUAAAUUUCAAUUACAAAUUAAAGCUCGAUAGCUUUAUUUUUUUUUUCUCUGUCAAAUCUACUAGAAAUUUAAUCGAAAAGAAUAUUUUAUAAUAUUGAAUUUAUGUUCUCCGAUUUAUCUUCAAAAUAUAAAUUUAAAAAUUCAAAUUAUCAAUAUAAUAGAAUAUUAAAAAAAAUAUUCUUCAAUAGCAAUUAAAAUUAUUUAAUUUAUCUCUUCAAAAAAAUCUAAUUGACAAUUAAAUUAACUAAAUCAUAAAAACUAUAAUAUACUUAUUAUUAUUAUCGCCAAAACUUGCUAAUAAAUAAAUUUUAAAAAUUAUAAACUUUGCAUCUAACAAUAUUGACAUAAAAAUAAGAAAAAAAAAAAAAAUUCAAUUAUCAAAUUUUCCUUAUUAAAAUAAAUAAAUUUUAAAAAUUCUCAUUAUAUCUUAAUUAUUAUUAAUCAAGACAAAUACUAAUAAUUGUCACGGUAAUUGUUUUAUAAACUUUCUGUGAUAAUUAUUAACAAUCAAUAAUUAACUACUUAACAAUUUAAAUAAUGCGAAAAAAAAAAAAAAAAA